AUGGACGACAACUUUCGGUCCAUCGUGAGCGCGGUCAAGUGGGGCCGCAACGUGUACGACUCGAUCGCCAAGUUCCUCCAGUUCCAGCUCACGGUCAACAUUGUGGCCAUCUCGACGGCCGUGAUUGGCGCGGUCGUGUUGGAGGAGUCGUCUCUCACGGCGAUCCAGUUGCUGUGGGUCAACUUGAUCAUGGACACGUUUGCGUCGCUGGCGCUGGCCACGGACACGCCGACGGAGGCCAUGCUCAAGCGCAAGCCGUACCCGCGGACAAAGCCCCUCAUCUCGGAGCGCAUGAUGAAGCACAUGGUUGGGCAGUCCAUCUUUCAGCUGGCCGUGAUUCUCACCAUGACCUUUGCGGGAGACAAGAUCUUCGGCAUCGAGUCUGGCCGCAAGUACGACCGUCCCGCCGGCGCGACGGGGCCGACCGUGCACUACACGAUGAUCUUCAACACGUUUGUGUUCUUGCAGCUCUUCAACGAGAUCAACGCCCGCCGCAUCCACGACGAGCUGAACGUGUUUGAAGGGAUCUUGACCAACCACAUCUACCUCGGCAUCUCCGUGCUGCAGUUGGUGCUGCAGGUGCUCAUCGUCCAGUUCGGGUCGCUCGUGUUCAGCUGCACGCCGUUGACGGGGUCCCAGUGGGCGAUCUGCGUCGCGAUCGGGGCCGUGUCGUUGCCGGUCGGGCUCGUCCUUCGAUGCAUCCGUCUCCCAGCGUCGUUCACGAUGUGCCAGGAAACCACCGUGGUCGAAAAGGUUGCCAGUCCUCGCACCAAGGCGUUGUGGCGCCGCAGUUUGAAGCGCCUCCAAGUCCAGAUCCGUGUCAUCAAGGCGUUCCAGACGUCGCUGGCGUCGACAAAGGCGCUGCUAAACUAG